CGUCUGCUUUGCGCUCUGCCGGCGUUCCCAGGGCGGCUUCUGAAGCCUCUUUCUCCUCUUUCUGACCAGCGGUACACGCAGAGCAACGGGCGCAGGCCUUUCGGGAUCUCUGCUCUUAUCGUGGGGUUUGACUUCGAUGGGACCCCCCGGCUGUACCAGACCGACCCCUCUGGUACCUACCACGCUUGGAAGGCUAAUGCCAUUGGCAGAGGAGCCAAAUCUGUGCGUGAAUUCCUGGAGAAGAACUACACUGAUGAAGCCAUUGAAACAGAUGAUCUCACCAUUAAACUCGUCAUCAAGGCUCUUCUAGAGGUGGUGCAGUCUGGUGGGAAGAACAUCGAGCUGGCGGUGAUGAGGCGAGAGCAGCCGCUGAAGAUCCUAAACCCUGAAGAAAUUGAGAAGUAUGUUGCUGAAAUUGAAAAAGAAAAGGAAGAAAAUGAAAAGAAAAAACAGAAGAAAACAUCAUGAUGAAUGAAAUGCGACUGCUUAGCUGCUGCUUUUUAAUUCAAGUGAUGGGUUAUUCUGUAUAGACAACACGUAGGCAUUCCACUUCUUCAUACUGUGCCCCUCUUGAGACCUACAAUAAACCUACUGAUUUUUUUUUUAAAGCUGUUAUUU